AAAGUUCUUCAAAACAAAGUGCUUGGAUAUAAGAAGAGACUAGUGUAUUAACUUGUUCUAUUUUUAUGUAAAAUUCAAAAAGAUUAAGAGCCAUAAUCGUUUAAAUCCAGGCCCGUAAGUUUUGGUUAAUCCUUGCCUUGGUAUCUAAGAGUAAAACUCGGUGACACUGUGAUUAAAGCAAAUAGCCAACACUGCUAAGUACUGCCUGGUCAAAAAUCACAUGUUGUGGACACCGGACAAUCUUUUUGUUUCUGUUGUCAAAGAAGUGAAGCAUUGAUUUGAAUGUUUGUUUCAAAACAUCAGAGUGAAAAUUCCAAUUCAAAAUCUUCACAGCAAGUUGAUGUUUAUGUGGAGAAAAAGCUAAGGUUUUGCCUAAGAGAAUGUCAAAAUACAGACGGACAUCCACAGCCCCUUCGAGAGACUCUUUCGAACACUUGGAUACUUUAAAGCCUAGUGUGAGUAUAUCAGAACCAAUGUUGAAGAUACCAAUGCAAGAACGACGAAAGAGCAUGCAGCCAACCAAUCGUUCGACAGGAGGUUCUGGGAAUUCUAUUCAAGGGGUGAUGGGAGCAAGACGGUAUAGUAGGAGAUUGUCAUCGAAAACCCGAAUGAAGAGAGAAGAUACACAGGGAUCUUCCUUAAAUAUACAAUCUGUGAAUAUAAAACAAUUAGAACCCACAUACAAAUUGGAACCAGAUGUAAAAUUUUCGGCGAAAUCGGUGGAAGAUAUCAUUAAAGAUAUACUUAAUCGCAGAUUGCAGGACUAUAAGUAUGACAGAGCGCAAACGCCUGUUUUUGGAAAGAUUUUAAGUGACGACAUCAAAGAAAGGGUAAAAAGGUUAAAUUUUGACCGUUACAAGAUCGUAUGUUAUCUUGUGAUUGGUGAAAACAGAGGUCAAGGCCUUCAAAUGUCCAGCAGAUGCCAAUGGUUUCCGAAUACCGACACAUUUGCCUCCUACAAUUACAAGAAUGCAAGUUUGUUCUGUUCAUGCACCGUUUACGGGAUAUAUGCAGAAUGAAUUUAAAACAUUAUAUAGAAAAUUCAUAAACAUAUUUAUUUAUUAUUACAAGUCAAUAUAAAUGUAUGAUUAUCAUAUCAGUAUGUGCAAAUUCAGUGAAAUUCCUUGAAUUUUUUUCUCAGAGUCCUUCGUAUGUUUCUACAUGUAUUCUUCUGAUGUAGGUUUUAGAAU